UCUGUGGCUUUCUCCAAAGAUAGUCGAUUGCUGGUGUCUGGCUCCAAUGACAAGACUAUUAAGCUGUGGGACCCGAGGACAGGCGAGCUACGCCGGACCCUUCAGGGCCACUCUGAUCAAGUCUGCUCUGUAACUUUCUCGCCAAAUGGUGAUCUACUAGCAUCCUGCUCCUAUGACAAGACUAUCAAGGUCUGGAAUCCCACUUCGGGCGAGGUGUGCCAAACUCUCAAUGGCCACUCUUACUUAGUCCGGUCAUUAGCCUUCUCGCCAAAUAAUCAACUGCUGGCGUCCAGCUCCUACGACAAGACUACUAAGCUCUGGAAUCCCGCUACAGCAGAGCUGUACCAAACACUGGAGGGCCAUUCUGGUUGGGUAUGGUCAGGAACUAAGAUUGAGGUGUCUAUAUUUGAAAGCCAAUGGAUAUGCCUUCAGCGUGAGAGGAUAUUAUGGCUUCCUCCAGACUAUCGUCCGAUCUGUUUUGCCUUAAACGAUGGUAUUCUUGAUCUUGGUCAUGCAUCUGGAAAGGUUUCCUUUAUAGUGCAUACUUCAUUCAAAUAG